GGGACGGAAUCUCUUGUCUUUCUGCAACAGAUGCACUCAACAAUCCACGGAAGGUUUGAGGAAGUGUCGGUGUUCCGUGGGAUUGGUUCUUUCCCCCUUCCCCCCAAUGGCCCUCAAGUCUGGAUAUAGCUCCGUCUCCGCGUCUCUCUCCCCCUCCUCCCCCAGCCCAGUCUGGCCUCAAGCGCUGGGUGAACCCGGUUGGGGUGUCACUCGACGCCCACUAGGGGCCGAGGAGGCUCCAGUGCGCAGGCUCCGGGCACCGGAUAAAAGCAGAGCUGGCGACUCCAGCGCUGUCUCUAUGGAGGAGCGAGAAACGGAAGAGGUCGGGGGGAGAAGCAGCAGGAAAAAUGCAGCCACCGUCAGCGCCGCCUCCUUGCCACCGUGUUUCGGGGUAAAAAGUUGCCGUUGCCGUCGGUGCAGUUGCCGUCGCUGCCUCCUAUACUUCUCUUGGUUUCGGGGAAGGAUUUCCCCACCGGUGGGACAUUGUGCGGGGUGGGGAGUGGGAAUUACUGUACGUGGCGGUGAUUAAACGAGGGAGGGACAGAGACAGUGAUCUCGAAGAAAAAAGGGGGAGACCAAAAAAUAAAGGGUUUCCCCACUAAAGUGACA